CUAAACUGCUACUUGAAACUAGCCUGCUUCCUGAAUGGCAAACACUUUGUGUGACAGGAAAUAACACUGACAGAGCCAAGGUCAGUCACAUAUCUACUGAAAAAAUCAAAACAAAACAAAUGAGGACAAAAUAUAUUUAACUCCUAGUUAGACACAGUUCAGUUUAGGUUCCAAAGGCUGUGGCGAAAGACAACCGGGCCACAGAGGAGCUUUUGAACCCACACUGUGAGUUAUGUCUGCUGGACAGAAAAACACUCCGCGAGACCCUACAUGUCAAAGUGGAACUGUUUUUUUCUCAAACCCUUUGAUGAGUGAUGUUGAAUCAGACUGGUCUCCAAUUCACGAAGCAGCCUUUAACGGACGUCUCCUCACCCUGCAAAAGCUCAUUGAUCAGGGUGCAUGUGUAAAUCUGAACACUCUGGAUAUGGUCUCACCCCUUCAUGGGGCGUGUACACAAGGUCACACGGCUUGUGCCAAGCUUCUGAUGGAAAACGGUGCAAAUGUAAACAGCUCAACUGUGGAUGGAAAAACUGCCCUGACAGAAGCAUGUGCUCAGGGGCACGUGACCUGUGUAUCGCUGCUUCUUCAACAUGGAGCUGCUUCCCUGGGUACCAGCCAGUCCAGUUCUCCAAUUCACAUAGCUGCAACAAAAGGUCAUCCUCAGUGCAUUGAACCUCUUGUUCAGUACGGAGCAGAUGUGGAUCAGCAUGUUGACAAGUUAGGAACCCCUCUCCAGAUUGCCUGCUCCAAUCAGCAUCUGAGCACCGUGAGGAAACUAUUGCAGCUGGGUGCAAAUGUGAACAGCAGUGUGUCUGGGGACUCGCCUCUGCACAUCGCCGCCCGUCAGUCCAGCCCUGAGUUGACAUCCGUCCUGCUUGAACAUGGGGCGGAUCUCUUCCUUAGGAACUCAGAGGGCAGACAGCCACUGGACCUCGCUCCGCCCAACAGCCUGACAGAGAGACUUCUGAAACAAGCAGGAGGAGUGUCUCUUCUAAUGCAGCUGUGCCGACUACACAUCAGGAAAGCUGUGGGCAACAAGAGGCUGGGUGCGAUUUGUGACCUUCAGUUACCCACAGAACUGAUAGAGUAUCUGCUCUACCGAUCAGACCCAAGGGGAGAUCUUAAUGCGCUGAAAUUCCUCAACCCUGCAACCUCAGAUUUUGAGUCUUAAAAGUUUUUGGUCAAUAGGGGGCAGACUUGUAUAAUCUUACAUGGUGGCAACAACGUCCGCGCUCCUGGUUGAUGAUGAACCACAAUGUCGGAAUUAGUUUCAGUGAAAGAUAUCCUAUAUCUUUGUUGCUUCCCUCAGGAAGGGAGGCUGGUUGGGAAAGACAUCAAUUAGUCUUGAUGUUUAAUACAGGUGGAUGAUGUGGCCGUACCCUUUAAGCUUUAAAUGCGCACAAGCUACCAGACGUUAGGCUACUAAAAAAAAAAACCUUCUUUUUUUUACUCCUUUAAGUUUUUGUUCAUAGAUAUUUUAUGUUUCGCUUAAAAAUGUGUUGCUCUUAAUAGUAAGGGAAAUAAAAACGCACUACUGAAUGCAAUGAUUCCUGUUCAUACCUUUUUUAUUACUCAAGUUUAAGACAAAUAUUCUAGUGUUAAGAUAUCUUACUAAUGACUUACUGAAAAGCUGUUGCACUCUUAAAGAGUAUAUUUGAACAGAAAAACAACAUAAUUAGAAGCACAAUGGAUAAAACUAAAAUACCUGAGCCCAGAAAAAAGUGAACUUCCUGUAUUUAUCAUGUGAAUUAAUCUUAUGUCAUCAUUUCAGUAAAACCUAUUUUUACAUAAACACAAGCAAUACUCUUCUGUGUACCUGACUAAAAAACUGGGCUUUUUUAUAGAUGCUAUAGUGAAAAUGCAAGAUUCAGUUUUUCUUGUGUUGCUCUAUGAGGGAACAAGAGCAUCAAGACAGAACAACACUGUACACAAUACAAUGACUUUUUCUUAAAGGUCACCACUUAUGGCUAUUCCCUUAAGAUGCAAUGAGUAGAGGCAGUGGAGGUAGACGAGUUUAAAUACCUGGGGUCAACCUUUCAAAAUAACCGACAGUGCACAAGAGUGGUGAAAAAGAGACUGCAGGGAGGGUGGAGUGGGUGGAGACGAGUGUCAAGGGAGAUUUGUGACAGAAAGGUAGCAGCAAGAAUGAAAGUGAACAUUUACAAGAUGGUAGUGAGACCUGCUAUGAUGUAUGGUUUGGAGAUGGUGGUGCUGACAAAAAGACAGGAGGUAGCAGAGCUGAAGAUUUUGAUUGGGAGUAACCCGGAGGGACAAGGUUAGAAAUUAUUAUAUCAAAGGAACAGCUCAGUUUGGAAUUAGACAGGAGGGGAAAUAGAUAUACUGGACAAAGGGUGCUGAAGAUGGAGCUGGAAGGCAGGAGGAAAAAAAACAGCAUAAAGAAGAUUCAUAGAUGUGGUGAGAGACGACAUGCAGAGUUGGUGUGACGGGGGAAGAUAGGGUGAGAUGGAGGCAAAUGACCUGCUGUGGAGACCCCUAAAGGGAGGAACUGGAAGACGGGAAAAAAGAAGAUGAACUUAUAUCCAUUCCCCAAAUCCAGUAUUGACAAUAUGCUGGCUGGUUUCACAGUAAACAUUUGUUCCACUGCAGAAACAUCAAUAGUUUUAUUCAAGAAUGUCCUAUAACCAGGAACUUUGAGCAAGGCAUCACUUUGUAAUGCUUAGUCCUAGCAGCCUGUAAGCUUGUCAACAACCUACCAAGUAAGCACUCACUGACCCUUGACCCAUAUUUUAAUCAAUACAUACAACAGAACAGGAGCCAGAGCAGAAAAGAGGCUUAUACUAGAAGUAAAAAGCAAGAAAUGACUAAAGCAGACAAUAUGACUGGGAUAUGGAUGCAUUUUAUGCAUCUAUCAUUUUUAUUGGAAAUGAGUAAUGCCACUGUAUCAAAAUCAUUGAUUUCAACAGGUCAUUUAGAGAUGAUGAAGGAGCAGAAUGUGCUGCUCCUUCACCUCUGGACAUCAACAUGAUUUUAUUCAAUUCACCCACAGCCUUCUUGUUGAAUGCAGCACUCAUUAACUCCCCAUUGAUCCCUCUGUCCCAAUACGGCGCCCGAACUAAAUCGUCACCCCCUCAAACACUGCAUUAGCGCCUGGGGCCAGGAACACACACACACGCACGCACACCGAGUUUCGAUUUAACUGAUCUUUAAUGUGAAAUCAAUGCUACGGAGGAGUUUCUGUCUUCUGCAGCUGCUGGAAGAAAAGACGUACAAUAUCCACAGCUUGCAAUUAGUGAUAUCUCGAAAAUCAGGUGAGGCAAGUCUGUCUGGGAAUCACCGUCAUAUGAUCACUUGAAUAAUUUCCCACUCCAGUCAUCCUGGCUUUUUUUUGGACUCUCUGCUGUUCUUCUGAAAUAUUUCCGAGUUCAGUCAUGUGCUGCAUGGCACUCAGAUGCACUCCAAAAAUCAACCAAGCUGUGUGAUACCAAAGCUUUUACUUUUUCCCCCUCUAGAGGCACGCACUCCAUUAACCUCUAUCCAAUUUUUUAAAGUGCAUUGGCACUUUUUACCCAAAUAGUGCAGAAUGCACUUCCUAGCAGGGAUGCAAGUUUUACAUCCAAUGCACAUUCGCUUAAAGCUAUCCUAUACCUUUUGGAAAGCGCAUACACGAAGCUUUCACGUAAAGAAAGACAGCAUAUUUAGAGUUACCUCUAAAAUAUUAAAAGCUAGAGAUGACAAAACACGAUGCCAUGUGCAGGGAAACAAAAUAAAUAAAUAAAUAUUUUUUGGCAUGUGAAAGCUGCCCAGUGUUCAUAAUGAAAGCAGGAUUAGUUUACUCAUUAAUGCAUGAAGAAUUCUAAUCACCCCUAAAAUGUAAGCAGCUACCACUGACUGUGAACAAACUGCAAGUUGUUAAAGCCAGGCAGCUCUUAUGUGCACACAUCUAAUAACCAAACCGCGAUCACUCCUCGCGCCGCGGCUCACAUCCUGAUUGCUCCGAGCUGGAUCUUGUUAUAGAUAUCAGCGCUUCCCACUAAGCUACAAGUGGGUUGUGCCGUGUCCUUGCACUCGCCAGUAAUUGCUUUGGUAAUUUUAGUUUAGUUCAGUGUUGGGGUAAUUAAAACAAAUUGAGGAGAUAGUGUAGACAGAGAUCUCUUGUGGCUCCUUGCUCGGAGUGUGGAGAAGUUUAGUGAGGUCAUAUGUUGCGAUGUUUUCAAUUAGGCACCUCUGUACUAAUGAGGGUUUAUUAAGGAGCUUGAAUAUUUAUGCAAAACAAGGCUGCUAAGUGGCUGAAACAUCUAUAUUUGGUCAAAUG